CUCCUCCAGUUCCUCUGUGCGCUCUACAGUACGCACACGCAUGUGCGCGCCAAAACAAGUAGUCCGCAUUUUUAGUGACGUUAUCGCAAAUUAGUCAGGACACUUUAGCUAGUUAGCUCAUUUAAAAAUGAUAGGUGAGGAUCCGAUACGGGACUUCGUUUCAAAGGAGCUCCGUGAUUGUUCAGAUCUCAGCACGCUGACUCAGAGCAUACUCAGAGGACGGCUCCUAAAGCAGGUGGGCCGGGCGGCUUUGAGCGCGGAGGAGAGCCGGCUGAUGAAGCGCAUUGUGGAGGAGGAGCUCCUAAAAAUGCAGGACAGCGACGACGAACCUCUCAUCAGGAAGAUCUCACCCCCAUCCUCCAACGGCAAUAAACGGAAGAGAGGGGUGGAAGACGAAGAUGAGGAGAAUGAAGGGAGGAGCCUGGAUGAGUUGGCAAGGAGGAAGAAGUCCCGUCUCCAGACGAGCCCUCCAGAUUCGCCAGAUUCCGGGAUUGAAAGAGUGGGACAGGAGGACAACCUGAAGGAGGGGGACGUCGGAGAAGAGGACAGGAGCGAGGGUCGGGAGGACCUGGAGAGCGGGGAAGACGAAAAGAAAACAUCCCAGAAGAUGGCGGCAAAACACAGAGGGAGAGGCCAAGGUCCGAGCGGGAGGAAGAGGUCGAAGGUCAUGUCUGAGAGCGAGGAGGAGAGCCACCCAAAGGCCGGGGUACGAGAAAAGGAGGGAUCACAUAUGGACAGCGAGGAAGAUGAGGGCCGUAAAGAGAUGAAGAAGAAAAAAAACGGUUCUAGGGGUGGACAGAAGAAAGCAGCACAAUCGGACAGCGAGGAAGAUGAGGACAGGGUAAAGAUGAAGAAGCAAACGGCACCUUCUAGAAGGAGACCGAAGAAGGAAGCAGCUGAGUCCGACAGCGAGGAAGAUGAGGACAGGGUAGAGACGAAGAAGCAAACAGCCGCUUCUAGAGGGAGACUGAAGAAGAAAUUAGCUGAGUCCGACAGCGAGGAAGAUGAGGACAGGGUCGAGAUGAAGAAGCAAACUCCAGCUUCUAGACGGGGACAGAAGAAGAAAACAGCUGAGUCCGACAGCGAGGAAGAUGAGGACAGGGUCGAGAUGAAGAAGCAAACUCCAGCUUCUAGACGGGGACAGAAGAAGAAAACAGCUGAGUCCGACAGCGAGGAAGAUGAGGACAGGGUCGAGAUGAAGAAGCAAACUCCAGCUUCUAGACGGGGACAGAAGAAGAAAACAGCUGAGUCCGACAGCGAGGAAGAUGAGGACAGGGUUGAGAUGAAGAAGCAAACUCCAGCUUCUAGACGGGGACAGAAGAAGAAAACAGCUGAGUCCGACAGCGAGGAAGAUGAGGACAGGGUCGAGAUGAAGAAGCAAACUCCAGCUUCUAGACGGGGACAGAAGAAGAAAACAGCUGAGUCCGACAGUGAGGAAGAUGAGGACAGGGUAGAGACGAAGAAGCAAACAGCCGCUUCUAGAGGGAGACUGAAGAAGAAAUCAGCUGAUUCCGACAGUGAGGAAGAUGAGGACAGGGUAGAGAUGAAAAAGCAAACUCCAGCUUCUAGACGGGGACAGAAGAAGAAAACCGCUGAAUCCGACAGCGAGGAAGAUGAGGACAGGGUAGAGAUGAACAAGCAAACACCAGCUUCUAGAAGGAGACCAAAGAAGAAAGCAGCGGAGUCGGACAGCGAGGAAGAUGAGGACAGGGUAGAGAUGAAGAAGCAAACGCCAGCUUCUAGACGGGGACAGAAGAAGAAAACAGCUGAGUCCGACAACGAGGAAGAUGAGGACAGGGUAGAGACGGAAGGGAGGAAGUCCUGGGCUGAAGAGCCAGAGAGCAACUCGGAGAGUGAAGAGGAGCACAGAGCUGAGAGGAUGGGGACAAAUCUGGAUGAGGGACGGCCAGCCGAGAGAGGAAGAGCAGGGGCAAGGGAAACCGGCAGCUCCGAGAGCGACGGAGGGAUGAGGGGACCAAAACAAGAGCGAGGCCGACCUGGGAGCCAGGGAGGAGAGGGAGAGAAAAGAACGGGGGGAGAGAAUGGGGGUAGGCGAGAAGCGGCAGACUCGUCCUUGGAAGAGGAGAAGAGCGGGGGAGAAGAGACGACGAAGGAAAAGAAGACGAGUGAAGCUGGGAGCGAUUCGGACUCUUCAUCUCUCCCAUCCCUUGAGGACGAGGAGGAACGUAAGACCAAGUCAGUGCAAGAGAAGAAGAUUAAGGGGAAAACGAAAGAAGGAAAGGGCGCUUCAAAAGACGGCAAGGAGGAAGAGAAUAAGGCGGUGUCCCGGUUGAAGCAUUACAUCGCCCUCUGUGGCGUGAGGCGGAACUACAAGAAGCUGCUGGAAGGCUGUCGCUCCGUGAAGUCCAAGGUCGCGGUGCUGAAGAAGGAGCUGGAGGACCUGGGAGUCACAGGUCAGCCCUCCAUAGAGAAGUGUAAGAAGGCCAGGCUGAAGAGGGAGGAGGCUCAGGAGCUGGCAGGGCUGGAUGUGUCCAACAUCAUCAGCACACAAGGACGUCCUAAGCGAAGAGGAGCGUCAGCGUGGCCGCCCCCUAGACCGGUCUCCCCCCCUCCCUCUUCAUACAAGCACAAAGUGUCGUCCGAAUCGGACAGCGACGAAGACGAUUCGCGGAACGGGAGUGGCGGGACAAGGCCUGACUGGAGCAAGCUGAAGGGCAUCAUUAGCGACGACGCAGACAGCGACUGAGCUGCAGCACAGUCUGAGCGCAGUCGCAGUGACUGAGCCGCUGCACAGUCUGAGCACAGUCACAGCGACUCAGCCGCAGAGCAGUCUGAGCACAGUCACAGCGACUGAACGGAUCUAUGAUGGCACGUUGACCGUUUUUACAUGUUAAUAUUCAAAUGUUCAGUAUUUGCAACCGUUUUUAUACUGUUUUAUGACUGGCUCUUAAGCAGCCACACUGUUGAUUCAUUUAAUAAAGAACUGAUUUGUGCAUGAG